AUGUUUAUUUUUAAGCAGUACAAUAUGUCAACGACGGUAUCACAACUUCAGACUUUGGUUCCAGAGACAGAACCGCCACCGUCGUAUAGCUAUGUAGCAAAUUCUAGUCCUCUAUCACCUGCAGUCAAUAGUGUUAUUCGACAAAAGCAACCUGGAGGUAUGAACAACAAUGGAACUCCGUAUCCAACAGCAGACAGUAACGUAGCUACAUAUCAGACUCCAUUAGGAUUCUGUGCUACUAACACUGCUGUUCAAUCAUGCCUAGCACCUAAUCUUGUUCAAACUGCACCAACUCCGUUUCCGGUUGUUCAGCAACCGUCACAGCAGUAUACUCCGCAAGUGAUUCAACAACCAAUUCAACCGAUACAGCAGCCAAUAUUACAAAUGCCACCGCUGCAAAUGGUACAGCCUAUACAAGCUGUUCCUGUUACUACCGGUAGCUCAAAUCCUGUUCAAGGUGGAAUAAAAAUUAAAGUUGAAAACAAAAGUUCAAAUGCAAGUAAAACCGCAGGUGGAGCUCCAGGUACAGUAUGUCCGCGAUGUCGGGUUCCAUUGAUCUAUGAAGCGUAA